ACAAAUCGUGGUGAUGCAAAAAUCCAAAACGACGUAGUUUCGUAGCAGUUGCCUACCUGACCUUACAGACUACACUGAAGGAAGAGGAGGGGAAGGGAAAAUGAGGGCGUUGGGAUGGUGGUUGAUGCUAGUGGGCUCCCUUAGAUUGGCCUCCGUUUGGUUCGGUUUCUUCGACAUAUGGGCUCUUCGACUCGCCGUCUUCUCCAAAUCCCCCAUGACUGAAGUUCAUGGAAGGACAUUUGGAGUUUGGACACUUUUGACUUGUACUCUUUGCUUUCUUUGUGCAUUUAACCUCGACAACAAGCAACUCUACUUGGCUACCUUUUUAUCAUUCAUCUAUGCCCUUUGUCAUUUUUUGACGGAAUACCUAAUAUAUCAGACAAUGGCCAUCGCAAAUUUGACAACUGUUAGCAUUUUUGCAGGCACCUCAAUAGUAUGGAUGCUGUUGCAAUGGAAUGCACAUCAACGUCAACAGGUCAACCUUAAGCAUUCUUGAAUAUGCUCUACUUUUUCAGCAUGCAGAGAUUUGCGGGAUUUGUUUCUCAUUCACAUUUUUCCCAUUCUGUACAUGCCUGAGGGCUAUGUUUACAUGUGAAACUUGCUAAGAAUUUCUGGGUGAUCAAGUGCUGACUGUUGGCAUCUUUGACUAUAUAUGUCUCUUUUUCUGAACUUUCUCAAGGGACCCUUGUUGUCAUUAGAAAAUUUGAGAAAAAGGAAAUUAAAUUUGAAGCUUUUAACAUUUUCUUGAA